ACUAUGCAUUGUGCAUUAUGGAGCCUGGAGCCACACAUUCCAGCUUCUUGCAGAGUUCCAAUUCUACACUCCCCACUCAUCACUCCCCUUAACACUCACUACUGCAAAAAGCCAUGCUAUUCUUAUCACCCAAACAAUCUCUAUUACUUAUUCCCAUUUUUGUAAUCGCUAUCAUCCAAACAGUCCCUAUUCUCGCACGUAAUGCUCACGUCAUCAAUUUCCGCUCACCGAACCUGUAUCCAGAAUCACUCGCGUGGGAUCCACAAGCGCAGCACUUCCUCCUUGGAUCCCUCCAGCAGCGCCUUAUCGCCGCAGUAUCCGAUGCCGGCGUCGUCGAAACCUUCAUCUCCGACACCGAACUCCCUGACGGUGCUUCCAUCCUCGGCAUCGCCGUCGAUUCUUACCGCAACCGCCUCCUCGCCGUCGUUCACCAGAGCCACAACAACGAUCAACCUCCGUUCAAUGCCCUCGCGGCCUACGACGCUCGCUCCCGCCACCGGAUAUUCCUCUCCUUGCUCCCUUCUUCCUCCGAAGACACGUCCCCCGCUGCCGCAAACGACGUCGCCGUCGAUUACGACGGUAAUGCCUUCGUAACAAACUCCGCGGGAAACUACAUCUGGAAAGUAACCUCUGAUGGCGAGGCCUCGAUCUUCUCCAGAUCUCAGCUCUUCACGGCGAACAUUCCGGCGACGGCGAACAACGACAGCCUCUUAGGCCUCAAUGGAAUAGCUUACGUAAGCAAAGGUUACCUCCUCGUUGUUCAAUCGUGCACGGGAAAACUAUUCAAGGUUGACGCGAUCGACGGAACAGCGAGGGUGGUGAUUCUGAACGAGGAUCUCAUCGGCGCCGACGACAUUGCCUUGAGGAAGGACGGUGGAGUUGCGGCGGCGGUGUCGCCGGUGAACAAGAUGUGGUUCCUGAAGAGCGAAGACAGCUGGGCGGAGGGAGUGGUGUUCGACAGGUUGGAGCUGGAUCUGCGACGGUUUCCGACAUCGGUGACGAUGGGAGAGAAGGGAAGGGUUUACGUGUUGUACGGACACUUGGACGAGGGGAGGGUUGGGGAUUCGGUGAGGGAGGGUUUCGGAAUCGCUGAGGUGCGGUCAAAGAGAGAGGGUCAAGAUGACAGUAUUUGGCUCUUUGUUUUAAUGGGUGUAGGCUUCGCAUUUUUAAUGUUCUGGAGGUUCCAGAUGAGCCAGCUUGUUAAAAAAAUGCAUCACAAGAUUAAUUGAUUCUCUUCCUUUUCUUGUCCAUAUUCUUUAUAUUCUUGUGCUAGAUUUUACUAUUUUUUAUUUUUGAAAAU